AAACACUCCAAGUUAAUCAGUAACAUUUACCUUCAUGCCCGAGGGAGUGUCAUUCACCAUUAAAUUACACCAGACAUCACUACCACAAUUAUUUCGCUAAAAGUCAGCCUGUGUUUCAGUCUCUCUGAAUAGAGAGUUUCACAAACAUGGACAAGAGCAGGAAGACUGUAGCUGAAUAUCUGGAUAAGAUAUUGGCUGAUAGUGAAAAGGUAGCCCCUGAAGACCUGCUGUUUUCCUAUAAGAGAAUUUUGUGCCCUGCUGCUUUUUGCAACCCGGAAACGUUGCAAGUUCUUGAUUCUUUUGAAGCCAGGAGUGACGAUGUGAUCCUAGCAGCAUACCCUAAAAGUGGUACUAACUGGGUUGAUCAAGUCCUACAUGACUUGGAAAUUACAGAUGCAAAAUAUACAGAGGAGGAAAUUAAUGAGAGAAUUAAUAUUACAAAUGAAUUAUCGGUAUUUCUACGUCUAGAAUUUGGGGAUCCAGAGAAAUUUAAGAGGAUGAAGGAAUUACCUGUCAGAAGAAUCAUAACAACACAUCUCCCUCCUCAAGUCCUGCCAAAAUCUAUUUUCAAAAGCAAGGUCAAGAUACUGCUGCUAGUUCGAAGUCCAAAAGACACUGCUGUAUCUUACUUCCAUUUUCACAACAAUAUGCCUACACAUCCCUCCUUCGGCUCAUGGGAUGAGUAUUUUGCAGCUUUUAUGAAUGGAAAAAUGUCCCGGGGCUCCUAUUUUGAUUAUUUAGUUGAAUGGAACAAGCAUAUGGAUGAUGAAAAUGUUAUGGCGAUAACCUAUGAAGAGCUGAAAGAGAAUCUGAUGUUAGGACUGAAAAAAAUAGCUGACUUCUUUGGGUAUUCCCUGAGUGAGGAAGAGAUUCAGACUGUUGCAGAGAAGAGCCGUUUCAAAGCUAUGAAAGAGAAAUCCUCCAAAACUCAUGGAACAUUUGGGAAAAUUCUCUUCCGUAAAGGAAUUAUUGGUGACUGGAAGAACUAUUUCUCUGAAGCUCAGAAUAAAGAAAUGGACAGAAAAUUUGAAGAGUGUUUAGCAGGAACUAAACUGGGAGAAAAGAUGAAAUAUGGGUUGUAUUGCAAGGCCUAAAGAGCAAAAUCUAAUGCAUCUGUUUCCCUUAGUAUGAUUUGUUCACUUGUUUUUGUACACUGGAAAAAUCACCUAAGUGCAAAAAAACCCUUUGAAAACCCAGGAAGGUGCACUUGGGAAUUCCUUCCUGUGGGGUAGCCUCAAGCUCUUUCACCCCUCACCCACUUCUGGGGAAGAGCUGAGAAAGAAAAUAAAGGAAAUCAGCUGUUGCCACCAGCUAAUUAACCAACAUGUGCACAAACCUCUUAGGGACACAAAAAUCCAAUCCAGGAAUUCCCAAGUGCACCUUCCUGUGUUUUCAAAGGUGUUUUUUGCACUUGGGUAGUGGCAGCAUCUAUCCAUCCAAGGUCAGAGAAAAGCUGUGACCUUGGGAGUUUAAUACAAGCCUGGAGUGGUCAGUAUUAAUUUUUAGAAUCCUUGCGGGCCCCCACCUUCUGCACUCAAAGUGCCAGAGUAGAGAAUCAGCCUUGACAUGGUGGCAGAGCGGUGGCUGUAAAUUCCAUAGCUGUAAAUUCAGCAACUUUCCUAAACACUAAAAUUCAUCAGAAAAUCUAUUAACAAGAAAAAUAUUCCAGGCAUGCUGACCUGAUGCCAAGGUUAGGCAGUCGUUUAAAUACUGGAGCCAAGAAUACCAACAAAUGCAAAGAGAUGAUAUAGAGGGUCAGAGAGAAAUUCUUAGAAUGGCCAGAGUAUAGAGUACAAAGGGAAAAUCCUAAUGAAACAAAGAGGUGAUUUUCCCCUCUAUGUGGCUCUACUUAACUGUGCCUGAAAUAUUGUGUUCAGUUCUGAGAACUUCGUUGCUAGAAAGAUAUCGACAAACUAGGUGCAGUUCAAAUAAGAUCAACAAAGAUUAUCAGCAGGGUGGAGGGACUGAUUUAUAAAGAAGAUUUAUAGAGUGAGCCAGAUUUUGCUCUCGGUUACACCAGUUUAAGUCAGGACUGACUUUGCCAAAAUCUAUGGAAUUUCUCUGGAUUUUCAAUGGUGUAAUCCAGUGGAGAAUUUCACCCAAUAUGUAUAGAUUGGCUAAACGGCAGCUAAAUAGGGACAAGAUAGCAGCUGACACCUAUUUGACAGAUAGCAGAGGAAUAUAUCAAAGAGGCAGAAGAAUUCUUUCUUUUAACACCUGGGUGUACAAGACUAUAGGUGUCUCUCUGAAAUAGGGAGAGUUUAAUCUGAAUGGGAAAAAAUCUUGACAGACAAGUGUAUUAAGUUGUGUAACAUACAAUGAAACCUCAUCAUCUGGGGACACUUAAAUCUAGAUAGAACAAAGCACCAGAAGAUGUAUUGCAGGGAAGCAUCCCGAACCAGCAGUGAGAUGGACUGGGUGAGCUCGUUGGAUUUUUCCCAUAAAUGAUUCUAUGAGCAGGAAAUAAUUACAGCUAUUUCACUUGGGGUUGUGACCUCACCAGUUUCUCAGAAGCUAAACAGAUUCAGGCCUGGUAAGAAUUUGGAUGGGAGCAGGGCCGGUGGAAGGAUGUUUCGCGCCCUAGGUGAAACUUCCACCUUGCGGCCCCCGUCCCCGAGCCCCUGCCCUGAGGUGCACCCCCCCCCGCAGCAGCUACCCCCCUCCGCAGUUGCUGCCGAAGAAAAUGGCACCCCCCAAAUCCUAGCGCCCUAGGUGACUCCCUAGGUCGCCUAAAUGGUUGCACUGGCCCUGGAUGGGAGAUUUCUGAAGAAACACCUAAUGUAAUUGUGAGCUGUGUUGCUUGGAUGGUUCAAUUCCCAUCUAUCAAGUGCCUCUGACUUUCAGAACAGAAGCCAAAGGUGCAAGUCAACACCAUAAGCAGUAAAAUAUACGGUACUCCGUCCUUGGACCAAAAUGUUAAUAACGUAUAUAAAAUAACUACAGUAGUUUAUAGAUAUACUGUACUAGACAAAGGGUAAUGCAGUGAAUAAUCAAGCCUGAUGUAUUUUGUUCAGUUCAGCAAAGCUAACAAGCUGACAUGUGCCCUUUAGCUCUGGGCAGUAAUAAUUAAAAUAGUGGACUAUGAAUCUAUUAUUCCUGCAGCCAGAAACUCAUUGUUAAUGAAAAGUUAGUGACUGCUUCAGGUCUAUUGGCUAGGGUGCUAACCUGGGAGUCAGCUGACCUGUGUCUACAGCCAGCUCAGCCACUGGCCUACUUUGUGAAUUUUGGCAAGUUACUUCUUCUCGCCAAGCCUCUGUUUUAUCAUCCAUCCUUUGUUUGUCUUGUCUAUUUACAUUGUAAGCUCUUCAGGGCAGGAACUGAACUGUCUCUUCCUUUGUUUAUACGGCACCUAGUAAUACAGGGACUUGAUUUUGGUUGGGGCCUACAGGCACUAGCAUAAUAUAAAUAAUAAAUAUUAAUACUAUUAGGGAAAUGUAGUUUUCCUUUAUUUUUAAACAAUAUACUAAAUUUUAUUCAAAGACAAGCUUUCUUUUAUUACUCACAGACAAAAACAAACAAACUUUGUUAACUUGAAGUUCGGGUUACAAAGUGGAACAGAACUCACCCAAACUGCAGUAUACCCUGUUUCCCCGAAAAUAAGACAUCCUCCGAAAAUAAGGCCUACUUACAGUUUUGCCUCUCGUUGUAAUAUAAGGCAUCCCCCCGAUAAUAAGACCUCCCCGAUAAUAAGGCAUCCACCGAUAAUAAGGCAUUUUUCAUUUCUGAAAAAUAAGACAUCCCCUGAAAAUAAGACCUAGCGCAUCUUUGGGAGCAAAAAUUAAUAUAAGACACUGUCUUAUUUUCAGGGAAACAGGGUAACAACACAGCAGUUUAAAAUUUCCAAGAUUUUUGAAAAUAGGAGCCUAAAGUUAGGUUCUUAAGUCCAAAUUUAGGCACUGAAAAUUAGGCCUGAUAUUCAAAAUUGCUGAGUACCUAGAUGCUUUUCCCUUGACUCUAAUAGAAAUGCUUGGUGUUGAGGGUGACAGUUUGGGAUAUGGCUAUAUCAGAUUGUGAGGUCUGUUUUGGACCGGUGUUGAAAUAUUGGCACUAUAGCAACAUUAGUUCAAACUUGCCUGUUAUGUUGCAUUUCAAACAGCUACCCUUACACCGACAUAAAACUGGUGUGAAAUCAGCAUCAAGUACUAUACACAUUUAUGUGUCAUCUUUAACUAUUGAUAUUGGGACUGCUAUAGCUAUAAUACAAUCAAACUUUAGUUAAGAAACUGUCUUUACACUAUUUCACAGAGUCGCACUGCUUUUUCACACAACCCCAGAAACCCAGCACCCCUUGGGGGACAAAUCCUACUUGCCUUAUUCAGAUGCGUAGUACCACUGACUUCAUAAUAGGGCAUGAGUCAAAGUAAGAAAGAAUUGGAUCUCCAGCAAUUAUCACAUAGUUAGAUCAUUAAUAUCCACUAUUUGUUUUUGUAAAACCACAAGGUAUCAGACUAUACUUGUACUAACAAUUGCUGUGGCCUGCCGUUUCAAACCAAGAUAUAGAUCCUGGUGUGAGAUUUUGGGGUACACUGCAAGUGAAGGUGUGGUUGUAGCACAGAUAGGCACCUCCAUGCUAGCUUUAAUUUAGCUAGCCCUGGUAAUGGUAACCAUGUAAAUGUGACGGCACAGGCUUUGGCAUGGGCUAACAACCAGAGCACUUAUCCAGGAUUCCCAGUGGGUUUGUAGGCUGGUUGCUAACCUGUGCUGAAGCCUGUGACACCACAUCUACACCACUGUUUCCAGCACUAGCUAGAUUAAAGGUACCAUGAGUAUGUCUACCUGUGCUAUAAUCACACCUUCACUUGCAGUGUAGACAUACAUGAGAGUGGACAGCAAAUUGCACCUCACUUUGUAUUGCAAAAUGGUUCAUGCAAAAAGCCAAUGCAAUUUCAGACUGCAUAGGGAAAAGGCUUACUUCAUGAAGUAAAUUCCUCUCCAAAGGAAGGCAUUCUGGCCUUGUACCAAAGAUGUUGCUGAUAUGUGUAAAAGAAUAUACAAAGCAUAAGCAAACUGUAGUGUAACUACAAUACACUGAGCAAGGUUUUGUGUUUUCAAAUGGAUGCCUAAAAUUGGGUUCCUGAAUCCAUAUUAUAGCUACUUAAAUAAAUGGCCUGAUUUUCAAAA